UACACGUAUGUGUUUUGGCACAUACGUGUGCCAUUGUCGUAAUCAAAGACUCAAUUUUUUAAGUAAUAACAAAAGUUUUGUUAUGUUGUAGUUAUGAUACCAUUCCUGUUUUGUUUAUGUUUAUGUUUUGUUCUUUUCUUAUCUUUGUUCUAAGGUUUCCGUUUCUGCUUCUUAACUGUCAUCCUUUUUUCAUAUGUAAGUUAGUUUUUUGUCGUUUUGGGCCCAUGCGUAGUUUGACUGUACACACGUUGUUGCUGUAAAAGACACAAUGGUGCGUCUUGGAAAUGCUUUUAAGCGAAUUGAGUCAUUUUGUGACAGUGGUUAUUUAAACAGUUUGUCACCUUUGUGGGAAUUGCAUUAUAAAUGUCCUCGUUUCUUUGCAUUGUUAAUGAAAGUUCCCCUGAUUAUUUUUUAAAUAUCACGUUAUUGAACUCUUUAACUGUCUGUAUUGCAGGCCUUUCAUUCAAUCUUGCUAGUGACGCGGGUGAUGCUUAAAAGGACGUGGCUGAAUUUCUUGGGUCCAUUAAAUUUUAAAAGUGACUACAUGGAAAAACAAGGAAUGGAUGGGUCUCGCGUUGUUCAGGUAGAAUCCGCUGAUGGCCAUAGCAUUUACAGAGAUGGUGAAAACUCUCCUGAUGAUAAAAGCUCUGUAUGCAGUUCGAAUUCCCUUCAAAGGAAUAACUCUGUUGGCAGACCAAAACGCAAUCUGGGUGUCGUCAUACCACAAUGUUUAGAGGAAAUAUCGUGGUUUCACAAAGGAAUGUCAAGAAAUACAGCAGAAGCACUUCUUUUGACAAAUGCCUUUGAAGGGUCUUAUCUCCUGAGAGAUAGUGCUACAUGUCCUGGAAAUUAUUCCGUUUCUGUAAGGUACUCCAAAUCUGUGAAACAUUUUACACUAACCUUUGAUGGUGAAGUGUAUAAAUUUGGUAUUGGAACAUUUUAUUCAGUAGAGGAAUUAUUAGACCAUUUUGCAUCUUUGCCAGUUCUUGGCACAGACAGUGGGGGAACUAUAACCUUGAAAUUUCCAUACUACAACAAUGUACAGGAGCCAAUUUCAUAUGAGGUCAUAGCAAGACAUGCUGAAGCAGGACGAUCCUUGUCUUUUUCAAAACAAGGUAUUAGUGAUCAGCCACCUGAUUAUCAUAUUGCUUCAAAAGAGGGAUAUCUUGUAAAGCUUGGUGCCAUUAGGAAGAAUUGGAAAAAACGAUGGUUUGUUCUAAGAAAAAAUGAACUGAUGUAUUUCAAAUCAAGAGAGAAAGAUACAGCAAUUAGAAAAAUUAACCUUGAAAAUGGCAUUGAAGUUUCAGAGGAAGAAAUGCCAGGAAAACGGAAUUGCUUUCAUCUACAACUGCCUUGGCGGACGUUUCACUUUUAUGCCAGUACACCGCGAGAUGCUGAUGAGUGGAUAAACAUCUUGAAAUGGAAGCUUGAAUAUUACAAGGAAAGAAGUUCCAAAAACGUUUCUAAGGAUCCAUUAGCAUCCAUGGCCAGAUAACGACUGCAGCUUGUAAAGUGGAACAUUGUCACCGUCGUGUACAGAGAGGGCCUUGCUUACAACCUGGCAUUAAAGAAUGCUUUACUACUUCGUUGUAUUGAUUGUAAAUUUUUAUACUGUUCAAUAUGUAGGUUUUUAUUCUUUGGUAACAUGUCCACGAAUUUACUAAUGAUUUUAAUUAAAUUGAUGUAACCCGUAGUUUUGCGAAACACAAGUUUUUUUGAUAGUAUUUUUAUUCACAGUCACAUUAAAAUCGAUUGAUACAUCUUUCCCAUUUGCACAGUGGAAAUUUUUUUGCGGUGGCUACCAAUUCGUGGUAAAGCGCUACUCUUCUGUGACGUUUUGAAUGAAAGGAAAAGUUUUUUCAUUCAGAUAUUCGAUAACAAGCUCUAUACAUACUAGUUGAAUAAACACACUCCACUUUUUCUGUAUGAGUUACUCAUUUGUUUCUUUCUAUGUAGCUUUGCCUAAAUAUUCUGAUUUUAAGCUUAAGGAAACCGAGUACUAAAAUGUACUUAAAACCAUACAAAAAUCGCCCUGCUCUUGGUUUUUAGCAUGUUUAGCCCCUCAAAAACAUUUUAGCCUCCUUAAUCUGUAAUAUGCUCCGCGGCCUUUCAACUUAGAUCCACGUACCUUUGCAACUUAGUUCACCUUAACCAAUUAUGUGAAAGGUAUAGCUCGUCAGCUCUUUUCUACCUGUCGUUAACUGUUGGUUCUAUUUCUUAAUCAUAGAUUAUAUUUUGUUUAUGUAAACAUCUUUGAUAUUAUCUACAGCAUUGAAGAUUAGCUUGUCCCUUUUAUAUCUACAGUAUAAAGUACAAUAAAUUCGAUUUAUUGCAAAAUUUCAUAUAGACAAUUGCGCACAACUAGCUUUAGCGUUGAAAAAUCUUCUGCCCCAGAUAACCCCCAUGCCCCAGUAUUUUAAUACCCACAUAUGCUGCUUUUACUUCAGUUGACGUAGCUAGUCGAUUGCUCUUGAAAUUAUCGCUGGUUUUAUACUGACUCGGUGUAUAUAUGUAUCUGAAACUCAUUGGCAUAUUCAGUUAGCAAACAGUUUUUGUAACGUACAUAUUUAUUCUGAUAUUUAGACAUUGUGCUUUUAAUUAGUUAGUUGUAGUUGAGAAGAUUUUGUACUGUCUUGCUAAAUGAAUGUCUAGAUCUGGUUCAAAUCGAAU